AUGUCCAAUGAUCAAUCGAACACCUCCGCCCCGCCCUCCGCCCCGCCAAACACUCCUCAACCCUCGCAGCCCCAACCCUCUGGGGAGCAGGGCAGUGUUCCCCAAAUCAAUGGAGAACCUAAUCACGGUAAUGACGGAACGGAGAACAGCUCCCAGGACGAUAUUUCGGGGGCUGCCUCAGCAGAUAUGAGCCACCAUUGGGAUCUUGCAACCGAUGGUAGCGUCCUAGAGCCUCACGAUACUCCCGUUGAAGAGCCCCACGAUACUCCUACUGAACCGAGAGAACAGGGGCCUGAUGGCUCGAAUUAA